GCGUGGCCCUUUCGCUGACAAGAUGGCGGCGGUGGAGGCUGCUCCGGCUCUUCAGGGCGCUGCGACGCCUUCGCCCGCGGCUCCGGCGGCCGCUUCCCCGACCCCUUUGCCGGCGGCAGUGGCUGCCCCUCCGCCUGCAGCGCCUCCCACCCCAGCCCCCGCUCCCCCGGCCCCGCUGGCUGCGCCCUUCCCCGGCGGGCGGGCGGUCCGGCUUCACCCGGUGGUGUUGGCCUCCAUUGUGGACAGCUACGAGCGGCGCAACGAGGGCGCCGGGCGGGUCAUCGGCACCCUCCUCGGCACAAUUGACAAACAUUCAGUGGAUGUCACCAACUGUUUCUCCGUCCCUCACAAUGAGUCAGAAGAUGAAGUGGCAGUUGACAUGGAAUUUGCCAAGAAUAUGUAUGAGCUGCAUAAGAAAGUGUCUCCAAGUGAAAUUAUUUUGGGAUGGUAUGCAACAGGACAUGACAUCACAGAACACUCUGUCCUGAUUCAUGAAUAUUACAGUCGGGAAGCACACAAUCCAAUUCAUCUCACUGUGGAUACUAGUCUACAAAAUGGGCGUAUGAGUAUUAAGGCAUAUGUCAGUACUGCAAUGGGAGUCCCUGGUAAAACUAUGGGAGUAAUGUUCACUCCCCUCACAGUGAAGUAUGCCUACUACGACACAGAGCGAAUAGGUGUGGAUCUCAUUAUGAAAACUUGCUUUAGCCCAAAUCGAGUGAUUAGUUUGUCCAGUGACCUUCAGCAAGUGGCCACAGCUUCAGUGCGGAUCCAAGAUACUCUGAAUACAGUGCUGCAAUAUGCAGAAGAUGUAUUGUCUGGUAAAGUGGCUGCAGACAACACCGUUGGUCGUUUUCUGAUGGACCUCAUUAACCAAGUUCCAACAAUUUCUCCGGAAGACUUUGAGACAAUGUUGAACAGCAAUAUCAAUGAUCUGCUGAUGGUGACUUACUUGGCAAACCUCACCCAGUCACAGAUUGCACUCAAUGAAAAAAUUCUAAACCUGUGAUAGAUCUACUGACAGAACAUGGAGAAAAUUGGAAUUUGUGCCCAUGGCAUCAAGUUAUGUAGUUGGACUAUAAUUCUGAAAUGACUAUUAGCCUAACUUCCAUCCUUGCCCUAUCUAUUCCCUCCUCCUCACAAGAAAAAUAAAACCUCAAAAUUAAA